CUUCCAUGGGAUUGAAUAAUGCACCGGAACGACCAAUUGUGCAAUUUCGGAACAAUACGAAUGAUUUUAGUGAGAGACAAAUUGCGAGAAAUGAUGAAUUUUAUGGAUGCAAGAGCAAUGAAACGCACAUAUGUUUCCGUGACGAUUUUCAAUGUUACUUUAAUGACAUCGUGCCGAAGCAAAUGUCACGUGUACUGAUGUUUGGAGUUAUUGUACCAUCCUGUCUUGUGUUGAUAUGGAUUUACAUCCGGAUUUAUCUCAUUUUUAAGAGGACGAUGAAUCGCAGUCACGGAAACGACAACUCAUCCCUUAAACCCGAUUGGAGUCACAUUUUUCUUUCCUUAUUCGAGUGCUGUUGUCCCUUCAGAAAAUCUCCUGCCAAAGAAAUGGACCAAAAAACGCGCGAACUUCAAACAACCAUCGUCCUUCUCAUCACAGUUUUAUUUUUCGUCAUUUGCUGGGUCCCUCUUUACAUCAUCGACGUCUUUUUCUCGUUCGACUCCCAAAGUCUCAGCAUCACGAUAGAGACCAUUAACGCCUUGAUCGUGCUGCGACACUUCAAUUCCGUGCUAAAUCCCUUCCUGUACGCUUAUCACAUGAAAGGAUUCAAAAAAGCCCUAAAACGAAAAUUAAUUUGUUGUUGCAAAAAGGACGAUGACGAAUGGGAAAAAACUGGAGGCGGAUCAUCAACGGGUGACAUUUUGCGAUCCAGAAGUACGAGAUUUUCGAUGUUUUGCGAACAAAAGGCGAAAGUUUGAAUCGAUUUGCGAAACUUUUUUUUACGGUGCAAAAAAAAAAGUUUAUUUUUCGACA